CCCGAUUGGCUGGACUUUUCAAGCAUCAAUUCUGCCCAGUUCAUACAAUCAAUCAAUCUCAAGGCGUCAUCUCAACUUGACAUUCAACACGAUCGAUCCUCUUUGUCUCCCUCCGACCGACCACUGUCACCCGAAAUGGCCUCUUCUCCAGCCUCACUACGCUCCCUCUACCGCUCCCUCCUUCGCGAGCUACCACCUCGACCCAUUCUCGCCUCACCACGCUCUCCUCUUCACUCCCGCCUUCGAGAUUCCUUUUCUUCCAGCUCCAAAGCGGCGACGUCGCAAGACGCCCGCGCCCACGCUGCUGCCCAAGCCAUCGCCUAUCUCCGAUCUCAGCGCAUGUAUGCCACGUUACUCGAGCGUUAUAACCCUGGUAUGGGUAUGGAUGAGGAGGAGCGUGUUCGCUUGACUGCUAGGAGGGUCGGCAUGGAUUUGCCAGUUGAGUACAAAUAAAUGGUUGACGACGAAAUGAAAAUGAGAAAAGAGACGGGAAAGGGGAUGGAAAAGGGCUUCAAGGACAAUGAAUCAUCAAAGAGAAACGAACCAUGACUUAUCAAGCCAUCGAAUGAAUCUAAACACCAAGCGCCAAGCGAUUUCAACAGCGGAUCUACAGAUGGGAGAAUAGGCCAGAUGACAUCCAGCACUCAAGAAUAUGGCGGUGGAGAAAAAGGCUUAGAUUCAGCCCACACCCUUCAGUGUACGAAUAAGUGUAUGGAACAGAAAAGACAGACGCAAUACCCGGGCAUCACUCGAUUAUGAAGAACAUCCAUUUCAUCAUCAUAUCUCAUAUAAAAGGACAUCUUUGGUCCAGGAUCAACAAAUUAUAUACAGAAUAAUAUCGUUUCCAAUCAUCAAGCC